CAGCGCUCACGCGUAAACAGUGGCUUAACAAUUAUCGCGAGAGCAAACCGCCGAACGGCGACGAGACUCUGGCUGGGACAGAGACCGGAGAAAAAAAAAAUAAACCGUGUUGAAAAUGUCGGGGCGCUCGGUUCGAGCCGAGACCCGCAGCCGCGCCAAAGAUGAUAUUAAAAAGGUGAUGGCGGCCAUGGAAAAGGUCCGCAGAUGGGAGAAGAAAUGGGUGACCGUGGGCGACACAUCACUCAGGAUAUUUAAGUGGGUACCAGUUGUGGAUACCAGGGAGAAGGACAAAAGCAAAGCCAAUGGAAACGCCGGGAGAGAAGUCAAGAGGUUCCCUACUGAUUCAGCACCGGAAAGUAACGGCUCUGUCCUGCUGGACUUUCAGGAUGAGAACAGUAACCAGAGCUCGCUGUCGGAUACCUACCAGCACAAAGUGGACAGCAGCAGCAACUCGAGCCCCCAGCCCAGCGAGCCGGUGAGCCCAGCUCACACCUUGGACUUCCGGACAGACGACUCGCAGCCGCCCACGCUGGGCCAGGAGAGCAUGGAGGAGCCGGUAUUGCCGACCUGUGAAGUUGCGGACGAGCCUCCCACACUGAUUAAAGAGGAUCUCUUACCACUGAGUGCUCAAGUGGCAGAGGAAGACUAUGACUCCGGGGCACCUCCUCUGAAGAGAAUUUGUACAGAACAAAACUCAGUCCUCCAGCCUGUGUCUCAGAGCUAGCCCAUGGUCUGUGCAUUCAGCCGCUGGUCCGGUGGCAAUUUAUUUCUAUAUCUUUUAAAGGUCUGGUAAAACUGUAUUUUUUAAAAAAGCUCUGUUUAGACAUAUCUCCUAGGAUGACAGACCCCUUUCCAACACUGCCACCUGUCAUCUGCCUGGUCAACAGGAGAGUCACCCCCGUGGCAAAGCAGCCGCAGUGUAACGGAAGUCACCUGCCCAGUUCAUGCAGGUGCAUGCCAGGGAAGCAGUUGGUAGACUAUGGGGAGGUGUACAGUGUUUUCACACCUAGGAUGUCUGUAGAUACUCAGUGUGACUUUACCCACUGAGGAAUGCAGCAGAUUCACAGGCUGUGGUAAAUGCUACCAUUUAGCUCAUUUAGUGCUUCUGGUCUUUGUCUGUGGUGGUCAUCUGAGCAUCUAAAGACAAGCUUCCUCUUCCCAUGGUCUGCUGUAGCUGCCUGCCAGGUUUCACUGCCUUUAGGUUGCUGGUCUUUUCAGUAUCCAUGAACUAGCCUGUACAUAUAAGACUUGGUUUAACCUUGUUUAACUCCACUCCGUAACAGUCUAGCUGCAUUAGAACUUCAUUGUUACUGUGGGUUAAGAUUUCUUUUUCAUGAUGAACACAUUUAAAGGCUAUCCACCCACAGUGCACGAGUGCGACUGUGUCUCGCGCCUGCCCUGGACUGGAGGGACCACCAUCCAAAUUCAAUUCAGUACCCAAUCCCACCCAAUCCUUGGUUUCUCUUUUUUUAAAACUGACUACAGAAGGUGUUGCAAAUUGCAUAGUGUUGGUUUUGUGAGAGAGAUUGAGCUACAGCCCACCACACUCAUUUUACUAAUGGUCUAUGAAUCCAGGGUCGAAGUCUAGUCUUCAGAUGGUGGUAGUUGUUACUGUGGAGUUUUAACAAUGCUCUGUUGCCUGAUAUAAACAUAUAUACUGUAUACACACAUACAAAUGUUUGAGAAAUUAUUUAAUAAAAAACAUGGGCAGCCAUUAUUAGCUUAGAGGAGCUAUUUUACUGGUUCAUGCAUACAUCAUGUUUUGCCUACUGUGAAGUGUGAGUAGAUCAUGAACAGAAAAUACCUGAUUUAUCAAGCUGUGUACUCCAAGGUGCAAGUUUUGAAAUUGUUUCAGCAGCUGUACAAAACCACCUCGGACAGUUAACUAAAGGGGACGCCCUCAGAUAGGCUUCUCUUAGUUUUCAGAUCAGCUGAUCAAGCUGGGAGUGCUGAUGCGUACGCGUGGAUCGCUACCUCGCGGAUUGCCCGCGUUUAUUUCGUUUUGUGAAGUUAGCAGACACAGUGGGUGAAAGCCCAAGGUUCUCGAACACUCAACAGCAAGUGCAGCUUCCCUCACUCUGAACUCUAAAUGUGAUAUCAAGAUGAUUUUUUGUUUUUUGGUAACACAAAUCAUGUUGUAUGGAAUAACUAGUAUUAGUUAAAAUGUAAUGUAUUGUUUUUAUUUAAUUUUAAAUCUACUAAACACCCUCCCUGUUUGUUGUAAACUGUGUGCAGGGUGAUUUUUAUACAUGCUGAAAGGAAUAUAUAAAAAUCGUAUUUUAUUGAAACUCAGUAUUUUGCUAAUCUUUUGCAAACUGAUUUUAUAGAUCUUUUUGAUUGAAGACAGCUGCUGAUUUACAGACCCUUGAAAAGUUUACAGGUGCUUCCUGUAUUAUAUUAUCAAUAUAACAACAAGACUGUUUGCAGUAAAUGGAAUUGCCUUUUUAGUUUGAAACGAAUUGGCUUUGAAGAUGCCCUUGCCGCUGACUGCUGCAGCACGGUCUGCUUGCUGGUACAGUGGAUUAUGAGGUUACAGUGGAUUAUGAGGUUACAGUGGAUUAUGGGGUUACAGUGGAUUAUGGGGUUACAGUAGAUUAUGGGGUUACAUUAGAUUAUGGGGUUACAGUAGAUUAUGGGGUUACAUUAGAUUAUGAGGUUACAGAAGAUUAUGGAGUUACAGUAGAUUAUGGGGUCGGUACAAUUCAUCUAAAAGAGGGUGGCUCUGAAUACCACUGUUGUUAAAUUGUAAAAGUUGUCUGAGAAAACCUGUGUGUGUGACUCUGAAGGGCAUUUUUCUAUUUAAAGUAAGUCAACUGUCAGGUUUGUUCUCAAUGUAUUGUUUAGUAAGCAGGCCAGCCAGUGUUUAUGUCAAUAGACAUCUACAUGUUUAAUCUUUAAAUAUAUGUUUAUCUCACCAAUAAUCUACUGUGAAUAGAUAUCCACAAGCCACCAGCAUCGUACAAUCAUAACUACCAGCAGAAAUACAAUCGACAAGUUCACCGCAAGGUAUUUUUUUUACCUUCUACGACUGUCCCAAGUGGCAUUGCAGUACUACUGACUGUAAAACAAGCCAGACCUGGCUUCUGACUGACAGCACGACAACAGAGCCAAAUCUUAUUUCUUGGUGUGUGGGGAGGUAAUUUAUGGCAAAGCCUAUAUGUAUGUAUUUUAUGAAGAAGCUGUAUUUGCCUAAGCCAGGUUUGGAUGUUUUUUUGAGAAAAACAGCAAAGUAUUUCUGCUCUCCAUUAAGUUGUAUGUAAACAAUAUGGGUUUGGAAGACCAGUGUCUAAUGCAAGCUGGGACACAAUGUUUGGCAUUACAUAGUUUGUUUGGCAUAUUUUUUUAGGCUGUCCGCUAAUUCUUCAACCCAUGGCACCACUGUGUUUCAACAACAGCAUGUUUCUGAUUUUAUGAAAACUGUUCAAACAAGGCUACAGAAAGAUGCAUUUUAGCACUGUAUUUUAACAAUUACAAUAAAAACAAAUGUAUAUAUA